AUGUCUCACAAGCAAGCAAGCAGCUACAACACCUUCAAUCAGACCCCGCAGAGGCCGCAGAGGCCGGACUUCAGCCUGCUCCAGCCGUCAGCCAACAAGAGGACCGACAUGGUGCGGCACCACCGACGCACGGCAUCGAUGCACCCGAGCUUCAAUGUGACGCGCACGAAGCCGCGCCGUUGGCCGCUGGUGCUGCGCUUCAUCAAGGGCGCCAUCCACGGGGCCAUCUUCGUGCCCGUGUUCUUGCACGCUGCCUUCACCGCGCUGAUUGUCUAUCUCGACAGCACCGUGGGCGAGUUCGGCCUGCCGUCGUCCAUCAUCCCGUCGCUGUCAAUCGUCGUGGGUCUGAUGCUCGUCUUCCGCAACGGCACGUCGUACGACCGCUUCUGGACCGGCCGCCAACUGCUCAACGAAUGCUGCACCGCCGUGCGCAACCUGACGCGCUCCUUCCUGGUCAACAGCAGCCGCAUCUCCCUCGACGGCUCCGCCUCGGGCGACCUGUUCGUCGCCGGGGAGUCGACGCCGCGGGAACGCGCCGACACGGAGCGCGCCAUCCGCGUCCUGCUGGCCACCCUGCACGCCAUCAAGCACAACCUACGCGGCGAGUACGCCCUCUCAGGCGCGAGCCCGGCGUCGUCGUCGCACCCGGAGCUCGCCGCGCUGCUGCCGCCCGACACGUACGCGCACGAGGACCGCGGCCUGGGCUUGCCGCUGCAGCUGCUCGUGCAGGUCGAAGCGUACAUCCGGCGCGGCGUCGCCCGCGGCUGGUUCCACGGCCCGCAGGCGUCGCAGCUGUCGGUCCAGGUCAACUCGCUGACGUCGGCGUACGGCCGCAUGGAGGCCAUCCGCACCACGCCCAUCCCCGUCGCCCACCUCAUCCACAUGAAGCAGGUGCUCGCCCUGUACGGCUGCGUGCUGCCCUUCAGCCUUGUCGACGAGUUCGGCUGGUGGAGCAUCCUGAUCGUCGCCAUGAUCACCUUCACCCUGUACGGCAUCGACGGCAUCGGCGAGCAGCUCGAGGACCCCUUCGGCUACGACAAGAACGAUAUCAACAUGGAUGGCAUCGUCGAGGACGCUAACGUCGAGUGCCUGGUCUUGCUGGAUGAGUGGAAGAGGGACCAGGGAGGCAUGUUCCAGUAG